AUGCAUCUGUGGCAGGCCACUGUUCCAUUCUGUCUGUUGGCAUCUGCCGCUUUACCUCUAGCUGCUGCGUCAGCAUGGGGCUUUACUGAUGCCACCGUGGCAGUCCAACCUAAGGGUGCCGGCAUUAACGGUGGAUUCAAAGAAUCGCUAUCCGUCUCCAAACCGCUCUCGAAACCUGUUGCGCUCGCCGGCGCUGAUACAUUGCGCGUCACCUUGACUACGCAGGAAGGAAGCUCCGCAAAGCGUCCACAGCAAGCUUUCCUUCUGUUGAAGGAUUCCCAAACUGGAUUGGAUAUCUCCUACCCCUUCACGGUCAAGGAGAAUGGCAAGUCACGAGUGGAAUUGACCCAAAAGGACCUCCCGAUCCAAUUCCUCUCUCUUCCCUCCCCUGUUGACGCUCGUGUGGUUAUUGGUUCUUCUGGAAGCUCUGAAGCUUACGAUUCCUCUGUCUUCGCUCUGUCGAUCGAGCGCAACCCCGAUGUUCCCGUCCCAACCGCUGAUGUCGUAAGAUACGGCAAGCUGCCCGAGAUCCACCACGUCUUCAAGGAUGCCGCCACCAGCCCACCUAUCGUCAUCACCCUGGCCUUUGUAGCACUAGUAGGUGCUGCUCUUCCGGUUCUGGCCGGUCUGUGGCUCCUCCUCGGCGCCAACGUCAACCACCUGUCAACUGCCUUCAAAUCUGCCCCCCUCCCGCACGCCGCCUUCGUCGGAUCUUUGGUUGCUUUCGAGGGUCUCUUCUUCCUGUACUAUACCUCCUGGAACCUGUUCCAAAUCCUGCCUGUGGCCGCGGCCAUUGGUGCGGUCGCGUUCGUUAGCGGUAGCCGCGCAUUGGGCGAGGUUCAAGGCCGUCGCCUUGCAGGCCUACGCUGA